AUGGCGGCUGUUCGAUUGUGUGCACUUUCGCGACGGAUGAUUUCAUCCCCGUUCUUACAACUCAGGGCAAUGUCUGUCGGAGAUAAAGGAGGUGGUGCAGGAAAGGUAUCUACUCAAUUGGUGUUUCUGUAAUUUUCAAAUAUAUUUUCGAUGAUAAUGAUAAUUUUGGAAAAAAUGCCUGAACUAAUUUCGCAGACCAUGUAACUCAUCGCAAAUAUAACACUUACCGAAGUAAUAUCACAUUAGCUUACUGAAGGAGAGGAACGUUUCUAAAGUCUUAAAAUUUUCACGUUCUUAAGCUUGAUUUCUAAACGGUUGUUGAGAAAAAGACGUCGUACACUGUAAAAUUCUUCACAAUUCUAAUUUAGCUUUUGCGUUGACGUAACAUUUUAAGUCGAGGUAAAUGAGUUUACGAACCUGCACACAGCACAUGGACUCAAUGGACUGCCCUGCAUCUAAGUUACGUAUUCGUGAUGGAGUAUCUGUGGGAUCAAGAGACUUUGAAAACCGAAUAGGUAGCUUGCGUGUGGAUGGACUGUUUUGUUAAAACAAACAAGGCUCAUUCUGUUUUCAGUUGUCAGUUAACUUACGUUCCGUCUGUUCGUUAUGUUUUAUUGGAAAAUAACCAUACCUACUCCAUAGAGGGGUCUUACUUUGGUCCUUGCGACCACUCCACCGUUACCUCCAUUUGGGUUGGACAACUUUUUCCAAAUUGUUACCUUGUCACGCUCACUUCUCCCCACCACCCCCUGAAAUUUUUAGUAUGUCACCGACAAAAUGUCCAGUGUGUCUCCCCCUGAAAUUUCCAGUGUGUGACCUAUUUAAAUUUUCAGUGAGUCAAAUAAAUUAAUGUUGUUUGUUUAUGUUUUUCUCUUCAGGGUGGUGGAGCUGGAGGAGACAUUAGGUGAGAUUAGCCACCAAUAGUCAUCAGUAGCUUAAAUAGAUUUGUUAUUUACUGGGUGGUCCAUAUGGCAAAAAUAUUGUGGCACAAUUUGUUUACUCUCAUUCAGACCAAUCUAGACUGGUAAAUAAAUAAGUUACAUUUUUUCUGCUGGUUUUCUUUUUUCCAACUUGCCCCUGGCGUAGUUCCAAGCAUGUGAUUUGCCAAUCAGAUUUGAGGAUUUAAGAUUCUGGCUGACAGACAUGUUUCAGAAAAAAAUAACGUGGCACACUAGCUGACAGGUCACUGCAGCACAUGUCUGUGACAAACUUCUCCAAGUGUAGUGCUUCAAAAAAGCAGGCCAGCUCACCUCAGCUGAUAUAUCCUACCCAUAUGCAUUAAUGAGUGAUGAAUUUGUGCAACUUGUUCUGGGAAAAAUUAUAAUGCAGAGACAUAGAUAUUCAAAAGGAUUCUCCACAUCAGUUGAAGAAAAGUGUUGUUACCACUCUUCCUUGCAAAAUAUUGCAGUAUUGAUCACCCACUUGAAGCGUGUCCCAACCUAAAAACUGUGAUGGGACCAGCAUACCAUCCGUUGUAAGUAAUUUGCUCAACUUGUGAAAUGUAAAUUAUAAAUUUCAGGAGUGCUGGUGGUUCAUUUGGAAAAAUGGAGCAUGUCCAUGAGGAACAGUACUUCAGAAAGCAGGUAGGUCUUCACAAUUAGAUAAUUUCCAGAGCCUUUUAGUUUUUCAUUUGCAGUGACAGUAUUAUAUUAGUACCUGCAAUUCCUGAAAACUUACAACUUAUUGAAACCUUUCUACUUUCAGAGGUAAUUAACAUAUCCAUAUCUAGGAAACUAGAAAUAAGAAAGGACCAAUUUACAUGUUUUAUGAAGAGGGUGUUGUCUCGAUGUAACUCAGAAGUCACAAAAUCCUUUAACUCCUAUGAAUGACCAAGGCAGAACUUCUCCUUACAAUAUCAGUACAAUAUCAACCAGACUUGUGAAGAGUGUAAAGAAAAUAUCAAUAAGGAGAUUGGUAGUUGAUGUCCAAUCAAAAUCUCAUAACAUCAAACAAAUCAUACGAGAGACAGUAAGAAGAAUCACAUAAUAAGAUCUUGGGAGUGAAAGGGUUAACCCUUUAACUCCCAAGGUCUCAUUAGUAAUUCUCCUUACUGUCUGCCAAACAGUUCUUGUGAUGUUAGUUUGGAGAAUUUGGUUUUGGAUCAACUAAUAAUCCCCUAAUUGAUAUUUUUAUUUAUUCUCAUCACUUGCCUGCUUGAUACUGUGUUGAUAUUGUAAGGAGAAUUUUUGUCUUGGUCACUCAUGGGAGUUAAAAGGUUAACUAAUCCACAAGGAAUAUUAAAGAAGUUAAAAGGGAGAGUAAUUAGCAAGAUCAUCACAUCAAAACCUUGUUCCUUUCUUUUUUUUUCGCCAUAUAGGGUGUUUCCUUUAUUUACUUUUAACCAUUUAACUCUCAGAAGUGAUUAACAUGUAACUUCUCCCUAUAAUAUCCAUACAUUAUCUAGCAAACAGGUAAUGAGAAUACUCAAACUUAUCAGGUAGAAGUUGUUGCCUUGAUCUAAAACCAAAUUCAUGUAACCAACUUACAAGGAAAUGUGUAGCAGCUAGAGAAAGUAUCAACAAUCAGAUCUUGGGAGUUAAAGGGUUAAGGUAAACAAGUUGGAUUUGAAAAUUGUUAACUUUUUGUUCAAAGGAACAAGAGAAACUAAAGGAAAUGAAGAAACAUUUGGAAGAACAAGUGGAUCAUCAUGAAAAGGAGAUUCAACACCAUGAAGAGGCCAUCCGUCGUCAUCGCGAAGCAGUUGAAAAACACAAGAAGGGAAUGGAGAAGUACGAUUCAGACUCUGACUAA